UUAUAACAACAACUAUUGUUAUAUAUUUUAUAUAUUUACGAAAGUAAUAAGAUAUAUGUAAACAUUAAAUAUGUUUAUUGUAUAAAGUGUAUAUAUUUUAAUAACUAAUAUUUAAAUUUCUGAUUCAAUUGGAAAUUUCAAAUAUUGUUUUUUUAUAAUGAAUGAUAAUUCCUGACAUGUAAAUUUAUAGUAAUUAAUUUUUUUAUAUUUAUUUAUAAUACAUAUAUAUACGUAAACAAAUAAUGGAGACAAUGGGAAAACAUUUAAUGGGAGAUCCUGAAGCCAGGAUUAAAUAUAUUGCAGAAAGAGCUGCCACUGUUGAAGUCAAAUUUGCCGUACCUCCACUUAAAUACUAUCGUUCAGGUGUCGAAAUGAUAAGGAUGGCAAAUACAUAUAGAGUUGAAGGCGAUUUAGAGGCCGCUUAUUUUUUGUACCACAAAUUUUUAACAAUUUUUUUAGAAAAAAUAAACAAACAUCCGCAAUAUAAUACAAUAAAAGCUAAAGAUAAAGCAGACAAUCAAAAAUUACUUCGUGAAACUCUGCCGGUCGUUGAGCAAUUGAAGGCUCAGUUGAAAGCUAAAUUUAAAUUAGAAGCAAUAAAAUAUAUUGAAGAAGAAAAAGAGCGGGUGAAAAAUGAUAAAGAGAAACCCGCAGAGUUUGAAAAAAAAUGUACUGUGCAAUUACCAGAUGACUUGAACAAGCUGUCUGAAGACAAGAAAGGUCUGAGAGAUAUUAUUGUCCCGACAAAAAUAAUCAGAGAAUUUUUAACGCUGGCUUAUGUCAAUACUGUUAGCAAUAAAGAGACUUGCGGCAUUUUGGCUGGAAAAUUACAAUUAAAUAGGCUAACUAUCACGCACUUGUUGAUCCCGAAGCAAAGUGGAUCCUCUGACUCCUGUCUGACGCACAAUGAAGAAGAAAUUUUUGACUAUCAAGACCAACAUGAUCUAAUUACUCUCGGAUGGAUUCACACUCAUCCAACUCAGACGGCAUUCCUAUCAAGUGUUGAUCUUCAUACUCAUUGUGCUUAUCAAUUAAUGAUGUCCGAAGCAAUUGCUAUUGUCUGCGCACCUAAAUAUGACGAAACCGGGUACUUUAUGUUAACAGAGCACGGAUUAAAUUUUAUCGCGCGAUGCCGCGAGUCCGGGUUUCACCCGCAUCCAAAUGAAAAAACUCUUUACACGCAUGCGCAGCAUUGCAAAUUUGAAUCAACAGCAGAAAUAGAAGUUAUAGAUUUACGCGCUAAAUAAUUUAUUUAUUUAUUUAUUUAUUAGAAUUAAUUUUAUUAAAUCCAAAGCUUUAAAAAUAUUUUU